AUGAGUCUGGAUUCUCUGUUUCAGCAGAUUUUACUGACUGAGCAACAGGUGUCAGAGAACACUCGUCAGCUUCAUGAAGUAAAAGCUGCUAUCAUCAGGACUCAGGAGAAGAUAAAGUGCUUUACUGAAAAGCUGGAAAAUGCACUUAUUGAACUGGAUGAGAAGGCUCAGCUCCAGUCAGAAGCCACUCUGCAGCUGUAUCUGAUAAAGAAGCGGCAAGAGCAGAUAGAGAAGAAAAGAGAGGACUUGCAAAAGCAGCAGAAUGACCUCAAACAGGAGCUGGACCGACUGAAGAGAGAAUCUGCGGAGGAGAAAGAGAAAUUUAUGAGGGAGAUCACAGCCUUUAACAAUGACUUUAACCUGCUGAAGAAGAGGGAUGUUGUGUUCCAAAGCCAGACCAGAUCUGAGAUACUGAGUCUUCAACUGGAAGCUGACACACUCAAGAAAGAGAUGCAGAUGAUGAGGCAGGAGAAUUCAUGGCUGGUUUCCAUGCAGGCAGAGCAGGGAGCACUGGAGAUGGAGCUUCAGGAGGUGCAGUCAAAGCUUGCAGAGCUGGAGAGAGAGCUGGAUGAGGCACGAGCUCUGUCUGAGUCUCUGAAGGCAGAGAGGCUCACAGCCAGUCAGAAACCACUGACAGACAGCACCUGCCUCAGACUGAAGAAAGAGCUAGAGGCGCAUAAGGAAGGAGAGCUGGAGCUGCUUCGUGAGGCCCUCAGCACAGAAAUUCAGUUCCUCCGUUUGAAAUUAUCACAGAAGGGCAGCGUGUGCUGA